CUGAGGACUCCUGCUCCAACCCUUCAACCCAUCGUCGAAUCAAUGCUAUACUUUCAAAAUGGCAGCAUCCAGGAGUCCCUCACGCACAGAGUACCAUUUUGCAUGGAUCUGCGCCCUACCGUUGGAGCUGGCCGCCGCCUCUGCGAUGCUCGACGAGACCUAUCCCAGCCUUCCUGCCACGACUGCUCACAAUGCCUAUACCCUGGGAAGAAUCCACAAUCAUCAUAUCGUUCUAACCUGUCUGCCUGCAGGGAUAUAUGGUACAACAUCCGCAACGGCGGUGGUGUCACACCUGGAGUCGACUUUCCCCAACCUUCGCUACGGGAUUCUGGUAGGCAUCGGAGGCGGAGUACCGAGCAAAACAGCCGACGUUCGCCUGGGAGAUGUGGUGGUCAGCAGGCCUACUGGUAGUUUUGGUGGUGUUAUACAGUACGACUUUGGAAAGGCAACCAGUGGCGGACGAUUCCAACAUACCGGCAUGCUAAACCAACCACCAAUGGUCCUUUUGACUGCUGUCUCACAGCUGGAAGCAAACCGCAUGAUGGAGAGAGAUGGCUUCAUUCUGGAAAGGAUGUCAGAGGUGUUUCGGCGGCAUCCAGACAUGCAAGAGGCCUUCUCUAGACCACAGCAGGAGGACUGUCUCUUUCGCUCGACUUAUAAGCAUGCAGCCUCGGAGAGUACGUGCCUUGGAUGCGAUCCUGCAGAACAAAAGGAUCGUGCUCCGCGAGUGUUGAGAGAGCCCCAGAUCCAUUACGGAACCAUCGCAUCUGGCAAUCGAGUGAUCAAAGACGGCAUUGAGCGGGACGCAAUUGCUCGGGAAUUCAAUAUCCUCUGUUUUGAAAUGGAAGCUGCAGGCAUCAUGAACCAUCUUCCCUGUCUUGUGGUCCGUGGCAUCUGUGACUACUGCGACUCACAUAAAAAUAAGCAGUGGCAAGGAUAUGCAGCACUGGUCGCGGCGAUAUAUGCCAGAACUCUUCUUUCUGUGAUACCAGUGAAUUACGGUCAGCAGGAGCAACUGCAACCCUCGGGAACUUGGGUGGUUCCUUUUAAUCGAAAUCCCCGGUUUCAGGGCCGAGAUGAUAAGAUCAUCCAGCUGAAAGAUCAGAUCCUGCGCAGGGAUGGUACGCGCAAAGCGGCGAUCUCUGGGCUUGGAGGAGUUGGGAAAACCCAGAUUGCACUUGAAGUGGCAUACCAGAUCCAUGAACAGGACCCUGCAUACUCUGUCUUCUGGAUUCCAUCCACGACUGUUGAAGCCAUCGAGCAAGCAUUCAUGAAUAUUGGCGAACAGCUACGUCUCCCAGAUAUAACGGCUGCUAAUAUAAAGUCUCAAAUCAAGACAUACUUGAGCUCUACAGGAGUUAGCCCCUGGCUGCUUAUUAUUGAUAAUGCAGAUGAUGAAGAUAUCUGGAUGAAGCCUCUUGGUGCCUCCUCGCCUGCACUCAAGACCUUUCUUCCCCAGACCCAUAAUGGGUUUAUCCUUUUCACCACACGGAAUCAGCGACUCGCAACCCGUCUUGUUGGUGGACCAGAGAUUAUAAGUCUCUCAGAACUAGAUCCGAUUACUGCAGUAAACCUGUUCAAGGAUUUACUAAUACAGAAGCAUCUACCUGAAGAAGACCAAGAAUCUACUGCCAUCCUUAUGCGCCAGCUAUGUGGUCUCCCCUUGGCUCUUACUCAGGCCGCAAGCUUCAUCAAUGAAACCUCUAUAACCUUGAGGACCUAUCUAUCUCUUCUUGAUCAACAAGAAACCAGCAUGAUUGAACUACUCAGUCAAGACUUUGAGGAUGACUAUCGAUAUUCAGAUAUCAAAAACCCGAUUGCAACCACCUGGUUCAUCUCUUUCCAACAGAUUCAACAAUCCUGCGACCUAGCCGCUGAAUACUUGGCAUUUAUCGCAUGUAUUGAUGCGCGAGAUAUUCCAUUAUCACUCAUUCCAUGUGAUCAAUCUGAACUUGCACAAGAGAAAGCAUUAGGGGUCUUGAAAGCCUAUGCUUUCAUCACUGAACAGACGAAUAAUCGAUUUAUUAGCAUGCACCGGCUUGUUCAUCUGGCCAUCCGGAGCUGGCUACGGCAGGAAGGCCAACUCCAGCAAAGGGUAAUAACAGCUGGGAAUCAUUUGAGUCAAAUUUUCCCAUCGAAUGACCACCCUUAUCGAAAUAUAUGGCGCGAAUACCUACCACAUGCUGAAAUUCUUCUACAAUGCAAUGAGCUAAAGUCAGAUCCUGAAUUGCGAGGAGACAUCCGGUGGCGGGUUGGUCUCUGCCUCUAUAGUGAUGGACGCUAUAAUGAGGCUGAGCUUCUGAUUCGAGCAGCAAAAGAAGCAAAUGAGCUAGCUCUUGGAGCCAAAGACCACCACACACUGAUGAGCAUGGAGACUCUCGCGUUAGUAUACCAAGCACAAGGCCGACUACCUGAAGCCGAACAGCUUGAAUUGGCUGUGAUGGAGAUAAGAAAGCGAGAGCUUGGUGCCGAGCACCCUGAUACAUUAAUAAUUAUAGGAAACCUUGCAUCCAUAUACUGGAAUCAGGGCCGGUAUCGGGAAGCCGAAGAGCUUGAGGUGCAAUUGAUAGAGACAAGAAAGCGCGUGCUUGGUGCCGAAGACCCCGGCACAUUGAUGAGCAUGACAAACCUUGCAUCUAUAUACCAGGAUCAGCACCGAUAUAAGGAAGCUGAACAACUUCUGUUGGCUAUGAUGGAGAUUAGAAAGCGAGUGCUUGGUGUCGAACAUCCUGAUACAUUGAUAGGCAUGUCCAACCUGGCAUCAUUAUACCGAAAACAAGGCCGACUGGAUGAAGCCGAAGAGCUUGGGUUAAUUGUGAUGGAGAUUAGAAAGCGAGUGCUUGGUGCCGAACACCCUGAUACAUUGAUAAGCAUGUCCAACCUUGCAUUGUUAUACCAAACACAAGGCCGACUAGAUGAGGCCGAACAAUUUGGAUUGACCGUGAUGGAGACAAGAAAGCGAGUGCUUGGUGCCGAGCACCCUCAUACACUAACCAGUAUGGCCAACCUGGCCUUCAUCAUGAAGAACCAGGAGCGCUACCUUGACGCCAUACCUCUACUGAGUAGCUAUCUCCAGCUACGGGAAAAGCGCUUUGGGGCUACUGAUGGCCAUACUCUUCGAGCCAGGGCAGAGUUGGAGUCAUGGCAAGCGGCUCUCCACGGUCAACAGUCGCCUCCUCCGACCACUGUCAGUAGGCGCGGACCACGCGAUGUCAGUUAUCUGCCCCUGAUCCAAGGUGGUCCGGUUCCAAGCCUUCUCAAGUCUCUCCAACCCUGGCUCAUCCCCUCACGGCCUGGCCAGAUUGUUGACGAGAGGACUGGAAGUGAGGAUGUGGAUUGAAGAGAUGUGACGGUAUACAAAUGAUACCUAGGUAGUACAUACUGGUUAUAUUAUGGUAAUUAGACUAGUAAUGUUGUAAUAGUUAAGAGUAAAGCCUGUU